CCGAGCGCCUAGGCGCCAGUCCCUGGCGGAGGGGACGGACUGGGACCCCAGGGUUGGGACCUGUAGGGUGCAGCCAGCAGAGGCAGAGGCGCGGAGAGGAAGAAGGCAGAGGGAAGGUAGAUAGGAGCUGGUGGAGAGAGGCCGAGGGCAGCCCACUGAGACCCGUGGGGAGCGCAGGCCAGGAGCCGGAACCCCGAGCCCCAGCCGCGUUGCGCGCAACCGAGGCGCGGGGACCGCGAGCCCGAGGCAGGGGACGCCGAGCCGGGCGCCGCAGGCGAGCCCCGUGGUCCAGCCCUCCUGGCCCUAGAGCGCUUCCCUCGCGGGUCGCGGAGAUUUUCCUGGGUGCGGGGACAGCGCUCCUUCUCCUCCGCACAGCUCGCGCCCCCGGCAGCUCCCGACAGCGGAGCAGGGAUCAGCCUGCCAUGGACCCCAAGGACCGCAAGAAGAUCCAAUUCUCGGUGCCCGCGCCCCCUAGUCAGCUCGACCCCCGCCAGGUGGAGAUGAUCCGGCGUCGGAGACCAACCCCUGCCAUGCUGUUCCGUCUCUCAGAGCACUCUUCUCCAGAGGAGGAGACCUCUCCGCACCAGAGAACCUCUGGAGAGGGGUACCACCCGAAGUCGAAGAGACCCAACCCCUGUGCCUACACUCCCCCCUCGCUGAAAGCUGUGCAGCGCAUCGCUGAGUCCCACCUGCAGACCAUCAGCAACUUGAACGAGAACCAGGCCUCGGAGGAGGAGGAUGAGUUAGGGGAGCUUCGGGAGCUGGGGUACCCAAGAGAGGAUGAAGAAGAAGAUGAGGAUGAGGAUGAAGAGGAAGAUGAAGAGGAAGAUAGCCAGGCAGAAGUCCUGAAAGUCAGCAGGGGAACUGUGGGGCAGAAGCUAACUUGUGGCCAGGGUCUGGAGGGGCCCUGGGAGCGUCCGCCUCCUCUGGACGAGCCCCAGAGAGAUGGAAACUCUGAGGACCAAGUGGAAAGCACAGCAGCAUUAAGUGAGCCCGGGGAGGAGCCUCAGCGCCCUACCCCCCCAUGAGCUAAUACAUAAGCUCAGAGUCCUGCAUCUCCAGGAGGAAGUGCUCCCCAGAAACCCACUCUGUCCCCACCCUACUUUGUCCCCUUUCUUUCACCUGCUAGGGCUGCGGCUUCUGACUUCCAGAAGACUAAGGCUGAUCUGUUUGCUUUGGCUGAAGCCCAGAGUCCCCAAUGCCUCUCCCUGCCAGUCAUGCUUCUAUUUACCCGGUGGGAGGGGGAGGGGGAGAGAGCCCACACUGGAAAAUUCACAAGACCAGAAACAAAUAUUUCCUCUUCACAAUUCUCCUCUCUAGAUCCAUUCUGCUGGGCACAGGAGACCCACAGGGCAGGACUCUAAGGUCUGGGGAAAGGAGGUACCGAGAGCCUGCAAGUGCCCUGAAAUCUCCUCUGUCCCAUUUUCCUAUGGGGGAGCUUUGAGUCCGGACCCCUCUCACCAGGGGUCCAGGUCUCAGACAUUCUUCUCCACAGCCUCAACACUUUGAAUGUCUUCCCCUGGGUGCCUGCAAGUUGGACUGGCAGAGGCUGCUUGUUGCGUUUCGUUUGUGCUUUGGUGCCAGGAAUGCCACUUAGUAUAUGUCCUUAGAGGGGCCACACAGUGCGGGGAGCUUGGUUCUCCUUGUCCUCCAGCUGCUUGGCUCUCUUCCCCCUUCUUCCCUGACUCCAGGCCUGAACUCCUCCUAUGCUGUAAUAAAUCUUUGUAAAUAACUG